AGUAUGGAAUUUAAAAUCUUAGCGUCUGCUCGAUUACCAAAUAAGUUGAUUUAUUAGAAUUUUAUUGUUUCUAUUCAAGGAUUUUGUAAAUUCUUGACGUUUUGUGUUGAUAUAUUUUAAUCUCACCGUGAUAACUGAUUUACGACACCGAUUUUAUGUACAAAUUGUAUGUGAAAACGAAAAAUCAAUGAAUACUAAAAAAACACACAUCAACAAACAGACCAUGAAAAAAUCGAUGUAAACAAACAGCAGAUCACAGAUUUCUGAAGAUGGAUGUUGAACAGAGAAAAUUUUUCAAUGAUUUUGUGUGUAAAGUAAAAGUUUUUGAUAAACAGCAAUGUGUACGGUGUUUUAAUCUAUUUGAUAAAAACAGAGAUGGGUAUUUAGAUGGAAAGGAAUUAGAUAAUCUUUUGUUAGCAGUUUUCUCUGAUGGUACAGAAUCCUACACUGUUAAUUCUGACUAUAAGGCUGAACUGUUAAAACUGCUAGAUCAAGAUCAGGAUGACAGAUUAAGUAAAAAAGAUUUUCUGGAAACAUGCUUUUAUUGGUUGAAACAGAUAUUACAGCCAGUAUCUGCUUUGAUAGUGGUUGAUGUGCAGAAUGAUUUUUUAGAUGGUAGCCUUGCCCUUCGUAAUUGUCCUGCUGGUCAAGAUGGCCUUGGGGUCAUUCCAGCCAUUAAUUCCGUCCUUGACACCGUCAACUUUGACCUGGUUGUGUAUACAAGAGACUGGCAUCCAUCAAAUCAUAUAUCAUUUAUAGACAAUAUAGAUAAACGAAAACUACACUCAACAAAUAAGAUCUUGUGUUCAGAGGCCAAACCUAUGGAUACUGUGAUAUUUGAAGGUCCACCCCCAACUGUACAGAAACUCUGGCCAUCACAUUGUAUUCAGGGUUCAUGGGGAUCAGAGUUACAUACAGAAUUGAAGAACACAGAUGGUGGUAUCAUAGUUAACAAAGGAACACAUCCCAAUGUGGAUAGUUACUCAGCAUUCUGGGACAACAAUAGGCAAUCCCAAACAGAUCUGGUCAAAAUAUUGUCAAAACACAAAGUUACUGAUGUGUAUGUGUGUGGUGUAGCAUAUGAUGUAUGUGUAGGGUUUACCUGUUUAGACGCUGUAGAACAUGGAUUUAGGACAGUACUAAUUGAGGAUGCCUGUCGAGGUGUAGAUCUGACAGAUAUAGAUGAAAUGAGGAAAAAUCUGAAGACCAAUGGUGCUGUCAUUAGUCAUUCCUGCAAGAUUAAAGAUCUUGUUGAAGCUCAUGACCGACCACCUCAACUUGGGUUACAGACUGCCAAAAAUGUGGCAUUGGCCAGGACCCUUGUAGCAGAGGGAAAAGUAACGUGACCAGACCUUCAAUGUGUAUUCUAGUCAACAGAAAUGGAUUAAAGUCAUAUGUGUGUCACAUGACCAUCACAUGACAAGUCAUGAGACAGACUGUUUGUUGUUAAGUUAAAUUAUUCAUUGUAUAUGUAUUAUGAGAUGCACAAAGUUUAAAAAUAUACAUUUCUAUUUAAAGACAUUAUAACAAGUGUAUUCCAAUGCUAUUUUAUAUAUUUUCAGUAACUAUCCUCUGACAAUUUUUAAGUUUUUGUUUAAAUCUGAAAAUUCUACUGUAAAUAUAUUGUACUGCUAAAGGUAUGAUACAGGCAAUACAUUAUUUGUGAUAUUAUAAAGUGAUCAUUUCUAUUCUAUAUACUCUAUGACUUCUAAGUUUUGUACUUAAGCUUACUACUAACAUUAUAAGGUUUAUUUGUUCUAUAAGUAUAUAUAUUAUGGAUUUUGUCAAUUACAUAUACUUAUCUGAAGUAGUAUAUAAUUGUUUAGGGGUCAGCUGAAGGACCCCUCCGGGUGCGGGAAUUUCUCACUACAUUGAAGAUCUGUUGGUGACCUUCUGCUGUUGUUUUUUUCUGGUCGGGUUGUUAUCUCUUUGACACAUUCCCCAUUUCCAUUCUCAAUUUUAUUAUCAAAUAUCAUUGAUGUAUUCUGGACAUUAAAAAAAACUGCCACUCAUGGGAUUGUAUGUAUAUAUAUAUAAGAUGGUUUCAUAUCCUGUCAAACAAAUUAAUUUGUUUUGUUAUAUCUGCUAUUUUCAUGCCCCACCUACGAUAGUAGAGGGGCAUUAUGUUUUCUAGUCUGUGCCUCCGUUUGUCCGUCUGUCCGUCCGUCCCGGUUCACGUUAAAGUUUUUGGUCAAGGUAGUUUUUGAUGCAGUUGAAGUCCAAUCAAUUUGAAACUUAGUACACAUGUUCCUUAUGAUAUGAUCUUUCUAAUUUUAAUGUCAAAUUGUUUUUACCAAAUUUCAAGGUCCACUGAAUAUAGAAAAUGAUAGUGCAAAGUCAGGUUAAAGUUUUGGUUAAAGUUUUUGGUCAAGGUAGUUUUUGAUGAAGUUGAAGUCACAUCAACUUGAAACUUAGUACACAUGUUCCUUAUGAUAUGAUCUUUUUAAUUUUAAUGCCAAAUUAAAGUUUUGACCCCAAUUUCACGGUCCACUAAACAUGGAAUAUGAUAGUGCGAGUGGGGCAUCCUUGUACUAUAGACACAUUUUUGUAUUAUUUAUUUUGAAGAAAAAAUAUCAGUAGAACAUCAAGUUUCUACUGUCUCCAUAUUAAACAAACAAUUUCAAGAUGAUAACUUGUGGUUGCUUUGGGGACUUUUUAACCUUGCAACAUAACUAUCUUCCAUUAAAUGUCAGGUCCAGAUCUAGUUUUCACUGUUUUCACUAUUGACAUUCAAAAGUAAUGCCUCUUACAUAGAUCCAUUGAUACAGAACGCCAGUACUAUAAGAUGUUAUUUUAAAAAAUAACUAUCCCACCGAAGGUUCAUUUUCUGUGUAUACUUUGUCUACCUCCGACAAUAAAAAAGCUGCCCUGAUAUUGCAAAAUCUGCUGAUUGUGGUGUUAAACACCAGAAGUCAAUCAUAUAGAGAAUAAGGACUAAGUCGUCAACAAGAUUGUGUGGUCAUACAAAAAUGCAAAUGUGUGUGAAGUAAAAUUUAAGGUGGUAGCCAACACUUUCACUAAAAUUUAUUUGGCUCGUUUAAUUUACAUUAAAUUUGGUCAAAGUACCCUUGAACAAAAAUAUAAAAAUUUCAAAAAUUUUGAACCUACCGUUUUGUCAGAAAAAUUUCACUGGUUAUAUAGUAGUUUGACAAACACCAAUUUUGAUCAUUGAGAAGCUUAAUAUUUCUUUUACAACACAACGUAAUUAAAACAUUUAGCUGAUUUUACAGAGUUAUCUCCCUGUAGUGUUAGGUACCACCUUAAGAACAAAAUAAUGAAAACUCUUUGUUUGAUGCAUUUGAAAAGUAACAUUGUCUUUGUUCUAAAAUGGUUGUUUCUAGAUGUCUGUCUGUAUUUCAUCUUAAAAAUGCAUGAUCUUUCUGAUUCUAAUUCUUUUCAGACAAUGCUUUAAGAAUUCAAUCAUAGCUAGUUACAUUUAGAUACUAUUUCAUAAUUUAUUUAUCAAAUAUUAUUAAUAUACAGAAUUUAUAAUAAAAAACUUGUACGGUGAUUGUCAUUUUAAAAAUUAUUGUAGAUCUUGAGUGACUGAAAUCUCAUAUUUUUUUAUAGAGAGUAUUUUUACAAAAUCCAAACAAAACUCUGUUUAAUGGUCUUUGUACAAAUACCAUAUUUCUUUUUAUUAUUUUACAAAAUUGCUUUUGUGAUACUUAGGUUGUUAAUAUUAAAAAAAAAAGAGAGUAGCAUGCAUUUCAGUAUAGUAAUUUGUUUAUAUCUUGAAAUAGAAAUAUGUUUUUUUUAUUUCUUUUGUAACUGUCCAUAUUACACAAAAUAAGAUUACAUACUGUCUCAUUUUUUUAAACUUUUCAUAUACUUUCUGCUAUAUUUAAGAACUACUGUAAAAGGGGGAGUUGAAUAUUAGAUUUUCCAAAGCAUUAUUUCAAUCAUUGCAUUGUAAAAUUUGGAAUAUUGAUCUUAUUGGAAAUUUUGUUUUGUAUUAUAAGAUAAAGUUAUAUUUUUUUUAUUUGUGUUUAUAUUAGUACUGAAAAAUGUAUUGAAGAUUUUUUUCGGGGCCUCUUUGAACAAAUGGUUUAAGUUGUUCAUCUAUAGUGAUCACUAACCUGUUUACACUGAGGUUGUGAUUUUGAAUUCUGCUGGUUGUAAGGUGCCUUCAACUCCAAUCUUAAUCAACUCCGAUUGCUAAUUUUCCUGCCCAAGGCUGAUUGUUUUUUCCCGGUACUCAGAAUCAAAUCAUCAGAAAAAUACUGGUUGUGCUAAAAAUAGUGUUUAACACUUACAAUCAAUUUAUUAUUAAUUUUUCAAGGGUUUGAAAUUCUAUAUUUUGUGGAAUAAUUGUUUCAAAAAGGCUUUGAAUGAAUCUGGAUACCAAGCUAUAUGAAAUUUGUAUUACCUUGAAGACUUUAUUGGUAGCUGAACAAUAUCAAUAGAAUCUACAUUUUUUUCACACAAAUAAUGAUAAAAUCAAAUGUUCUCAAUUUAGUUAGAAUCUCGAUUAUAUUAAAAGAACCGUCCAUGUUCCAAAUAGACAUUUUUUAAGCUUUAAAGUCACAAUAAAGAACCAUUAUAUUUAUCUUUAUUGGUUAUUUAUAUAUAACGUUUUGACUAUUAUUUUUACACCAUAUUGAUCUGAAAUGUUGUUCAAAUGACACCCUAGAGUCACAAACGAUAGAUUUGAAGUUGUACACCUGUAGAGGAUUUUUUGUUCAAACAUUUGUGAAGCUGCAUUUACAAUACUAUUUUUCAUUUAUACAAAUGUAUUUAUGAUUGUUAUUUUAUCACAUUUUUUUCUGAAUUUCUGUGAUUUUUUCACUGCAUUUCAUAAACUUAUGGAUACUGUAAAAUUGCUAAAAGUGCUAAAUUGUAGUUGAACAAAAGUUUACCAUUCUUUUGUAAGUUUGUUUUUUCUUAUCUGAAUAUUUGUUAAUUUUUGUGGUCACUACAAGGGCAGGUUCCCUGGUUCACAUAUUGUUGGUUUCUGUUGUUUUCAAGAAAUCACUGCUGAAUAUCAA